GUGCUUUGUUUACGUAGUGUAAUGAUGCACAUUAAAGUUUGGUUAAUAUGGAUAGAUAAUUUUGAAGUUUUGAUUUCACUGUACACUUAUUAGUUUCUAAUUAUGUUGAAUGCACAUCGAUGUGAAUUACCAAAAUCAUCUGAUUUUACUUUACCCAAGCCUAGAAGUUGUUUCUGCUGUUUACCUCGAUUUGAUUCGCUUCAAUCUUGGUUUACAAUUUACGAAAAUCAUCCGAAGUGUAGGCAACACCUGAUAAGUCUAGCUGCAGCAAAUAAGGAAAAGAGGCGUCAUGCCUCGAAUAAAUACUGGUAUAUCAUUCAUCCAUUUAGCAAAAUCAAAUUCUUUUGGGACAUUAUUAUGAUGAUGGUCUACUUUGUUGCUUUCAUUACUAUUCCAUUUUUCAUGUGUUUCGUCGUACUGGACUACGAAAGUGUUCGUUUGGAUAAUGUGAAUCACGCGAUAUAUGUUUUUUGUUGGAUCGAUAUAAUCGGCAAUUGUAUGACAGGAUUAUACGACAAAAAUAAGGAUGAAGUCAUCCUAGAUCAAGGAAUGAUCUUGAAACGAUACUUGCAAAGUUAUUUGUUUAUUGACAUUUUUACAUCGUUACCUUACGAUUACAUAACUUCACCAUGGAGGAAAGUUCCCGGGCCUGAAGAUUCCAUUGUCGCUACUCUUAUUAAUCUCUUACCUUUAUUAAAAUUAAGUCGGUACUUUACUUUCACAUCGCACGUACGGCAAACUUUUCUGGUAAAAAAUUAUACCAUUUGAAAAUAUUUCUUCUUUCAUUAAAAUAUGUUCAUGAUCAAUA